AAGCGAAAUUGGAAAACUAUGCUAAAAGCGCGAAGCAUGUAAUUAUGCAGCAUUCCUUAAAUCGAGAUCGCCGUUUCGCUAUCGAAUUAGCCGUCUGAAACGCAUCGCGUGUCGAUAAACUGUUAAGGAGCAAUAAUUAGUAUUGCAUCGCGAGUUUUCUAUUGCUUACAAGCGUUAUCGAGAAGACUUUUUAUUACGUCUUCGCGCGUUUAACCUUGUACUCUUCUCGACUGUUGCACCGAAAUUAUUGCUCGGCAUUAAAAUGUUGAAAUUCUAAUUGAAUCAGGCAACAGGACGGUGUGGAGUAUGAUGUACUCCAAACGAAAAUAAUAUUAUUUUUGUACGAUAUUAAAAGAUUAUACGCGCAAAAGAUAAAACUCGCAACAGACCAAACGCAAAGAAGAAUUGCUGAUCUUCGAGAUGCUACUCUGCCUUCUUGAUCUUGUACCGUUCCGACUACGCAUGUAGCGUGUAUAACGGUUGUUUUAGCAUUCGAGUAUCUUUGGUACGAUCGAAAAAAGUAUACCGAAAGCAAACGGGGUGAAACGCGUUCAUGGUCGCGUAAUGAUCGCGUGCGCGUCGUGAAAUCUCGGCAAAACGAUUUCUAUCGAACAUCAUCGUCAUUUUCACUGCAAAACCGAUGCUCGACUCGUCGACGUGUUACGUGUACCUUCGCGAACUGUCCACCUUGUUUAUACUUUGUACAUAUAAUAACCGUAACGGCAGUAACGGCACAGUUUCCACCGAUCCGGCUGUGAAAGUUCGCUGUAGAAUUUGCUCCUGAACUCUUUGCUCGUUUGCCGGAAGACCGUAAACGUUGCCAGUUAACUGGAACUGUUUCGUUGGAAAUUUAUUUUUAUUUUUCGUAUUUAACGUUGCCGUUUGCGAAUUUCAUUCCGCUUUCGAGUAGAAACGACGAAGCAGACGUUCCUCUCGUCAUUCUACGAGACAAUCAUCGACGGAUUUUUCGCUUUCGAUUCGCGCGUGAUUCGCAUUCGAAUCCAAAGACGAUCGAGGUUGACGAAGGAACUUAGUUUAUUGCAGGAAAAACGACGGAUCGGCGAGAACGUGUCGGAAUGACGGUUGUCGCGUCGCUCUUUUUGUCCGUACAUGGGCCGGACCGAUGGGAAAUCGAGUUCUUUCAGCGGAUUCAUCGCGUUCUCGAUUCUGUAUCCGUACACCGAAGAAGAUCGAUUCGACUUCGAGAUGGGAGACACGAGUACCGUGGUGGUGGUAUUUUCGAUACUGUUGUUGGCCACAGCGUUCGGUUCCCCUGUCGAAGUGGAGGAGGCGGACACAUCCACCGGACAGACUUACAAAAUAACGACAACGAGGACACCGGGGUAUAUGAGAUUACAAAGAAGUUUUCGUCGUUCGGAAACGCCAUCGAACGACAGUUCCGAAGAGAAGGAUCGCGAAGCGAAUUCGUCGGAAUCUGUCGAGAAACGCUAUGACGCGUACAACGAUCAGCCGAGGAACGAACGGCUGGAAGCGAGCCUCUCGGAUGAUCUAGGUUUGGACGGUGGUGCGGAAGAAGCAGGAACGUUCUUUCACGACUUCGACGGAGGUGGACUACCUCCUGUCGGUGUGCCUCGCGACGGUCAAGUUCUGGCUCACGAUGUCCACGAAGACGUGCAAAAAUUGGUGACGGUUGUAAAGAAGGUAGCCGUACCUUACCCCGUAGAAAAAACGAUCCGAUACCCGAUCGUGAAAAAUAUACCGUAUCCAGUGAAGGUACCUGUACUUCAACCGUACGCGGUCGAGAAGACGAUACCGUAUCCUGUCAAGGUUUUCGUCAAUAUGCCGUUUAAGGUACCCAAACCGGUGCCCGUGGUGAAAGAGGUACCGUAUCCGGUUCAGGUACCGGUCGAUCGUCCGGUACCGGUGAAAGUUUACAUACCGGAUCCGUUCCCGGUAGAAAAGAAGGUUCCUUACGAAGUUAAGGUACCCGUGCCCGAACCGUUCCCUAUCGAACGCAAGAUACCGGUACCUGUGAAGGUACCUGUACACGUGGCGCAACCUUAUCCGGUCGAGAGGGUGGUCCAUUAUCCGAUAAGAAUCGAGGUCGAGCAACCGAUACCGGUACCCGUAUCGAAGCCUUAUCCGGUACCCGUGUCCAAGCCGGUACCUUAUCCCGUUGAGAACCCAGUACCGGUACCUGUCAAGGUCGAGAUUCCUAGGCCGGUACCUGUGCCGGUUGACAAACCGGUACCUGUCAAGGUAAAGAUCCCUGUACCGGUACCUUAUCCCGUGGAGAAAGAGGUACCGUACACUGUCGAGAGACCGGUACCUGUACCCGUAAAGGUGGCCGUCGAUCGACCGGUCCCUAUUCACGUGACAAAAUCGGUGCCCUAUCCUAUCCAGAAACCGGUUCCUUAUCCUAUUAAGGUGCCGGUCGCUGUACCGGCUCAUCGUCAAACGGUUGCCCUCGAACACGGCUUUGGAUAUCACGAUUGGAAACGAUGAAUCGGUACUUUAGAACGCUUACGCGAAUAACGAGUGUGCGGCACCGAGAAAUUCACGCGUAAACUUUUUUUUUAGAAGAAGAAUUUCACCAAAAAAUGGAUAUUGCAUAUCCGAAAACGAGUGAUUUUUUUUCUCGACGAUCUUUCUAGUAGAUAGUUAUUUAACUCGAAUCGAUUUUGCGGCUACCUCACUUUUCGCCGAUAGAUACGACGCCCAUUUAAGUAGUUUAAUCCUCUUUAAAACGAUAAAUAAGAGAGCCGAGAAAUUUGUUAAGUUUACAGAGGAACAGGUAACGCCAUCUCGCCGAUUAUUCAGACUCGGCUUUACGACGAAUCGCGUAUUCCUUUAGAAAAGUUGGCGAGCUUGUAUCGACGAUACCGUUUCUUUCUAGUGCGUACAUGUUCCGCGAGAGGUUGUACGAUGUAAAGAAAAUAAAUG